AUGGGUGGGUCAAAGAUGCUCCCGGAGAUGACGUGUGGUGCCAAAAUGCCUAAAAAGUUAUCAUGGGGGCCCAUGAUUGAGAAACCAGAGGACAAAGCCAGGAAAGCUGUUCAGCUGAAGAUAGCAAAGAACUCCUUCCACCAGAAUCCUCGUGAAACUUAUCCACAUAACCCUUCAGAGUGGAGAACAUACACAUUUGAGCCUCGCUUUAUCCAGCCCAGAAUUGUUGAGCAGCCUGAUGCAGCUAGUUUGAAGAAGCAAUGUGUCUACCAAAAGAAGCUGGAGAAGGAGAAAUCUAAGACCAUGAAGAAAAAGUCAGACUUUUUCCUCUCAAAGUUUGUCAAGUUAGCAAAGAUUAAAAAGAAAGAGAUCUACAUUUGGGAGGAAAAGUUGAAACCAGAAAGGAUCAAGAUUCUCUUAAAAUGCUUAGACUCCCCGGUGGAACUUGAACAACUCUAUGCAGCUCAGGCCCUUGGAAAACUUGGAUUUGGUGAAGAAUCUGUUCUAUCUGCACUCCAUAAUACACUUCAGGAAAGCAACAGUCUACCUUUGCAGUAUGAAGCAGCGCGGUCUCUGGCUUUGCUGGGUUGCCUAGAGACCUCUGUAAUGAAAGUGCUAAUUAAACACCUAAAGUUGGUGAGCCUGAACCGGAGAGAAGAUACAUUGGCUGCUCUGAAGGUCUCUCUGCAAGGAUGGUCAAUGAUGCCCGCAUUUGAGUGGUAUUGUAUAGGUGCCCGGUCCAGUUUAAUCCGAAAUCUAGAGCGGUUGGUGAAUUUGCAGGAUCCAUUGGAUGAUGUAGCCUUCAAUGCAGCCCUUUGCUUGGGGUACUUGGACAAGUCAAGUCCAGUCGCCCAAGAGAUGAUGCUCAUGUGCCUGGCCCAGAAUGACUGGAAGAAGAAAAAUCAGGCUUUAGUCAUGCUGGUGAAGCAAAUGGGCAUAAUGGACGGUGUCAUUAUCCGGCGCAUUCUAGAUCAGCUUCAACGUUCUCCUGUGUAUCAGCAUCGUGCUGACGCUGCGAGGUUGUUAACCAUCAUUGGGCUCGAUGCAAUCCAGCAAGAAGGCAUGGAAGAGGAUGUGUUUAACAUGCUUCUGGAGAAGUUAUCCAAUGAACCAUUACUGGUCGUCAGGCAGUCUGUUGUCCUGGCUGUCGAAGAACUGAAGAUGAAGAAGCGAGUCUGGGAUAUUGUGGAGAAGCAGCUGAAAGAUGAGAAAGAGGAGAUCCGAAAGCAGGCUGUGAUUGCAUUAGGUGUCCUUGGUAUUCGCCAGAAAAAUGUGUUCUUUGCCAUGCUGGAAAUGCUGGAACUAGACUCCAGUGAGGAUGUUCGCAUACAGGUUAUCAGGGCAUUUACCUCUUUGGGAAUGAACAACAUGCAUGUGAGGAAGAGCCUUAUGCACAAGGAACAGACUGAAGGGAUUCUAGCCAGAGAAUCUGCCAAAGCCUUGAAGAUCCUUGGUAAAGUCUCUGAUGCCCAAAAAGAGUUAAGGCUCCAGUCGUACAGGGUCUACUGA